AUGGUCGAGGCGAUGGCGGACGCCUUGGACGACGAGCUGGUUGUCGGCAUCGGCCACGACGAGGAUGAGGAUGACGAUCUGGGCCUCGGAGAAGGCGACGAUGACGACGACGACGACGACGACGACCUGAUGGAGGAUGACGAGGACGAUGACGUCAUGUCCGACGGGGAGCACGGGCAGCACCACGGCCACCUCCAUGGCGACCCGCUCGGCGCGGACGGCGGCCGCGGGGACGGCGGCGGGCACGGCGGCGGCGGUGGCGUGGCGGGCGGGUCGGACGCCGGUCUGGACGAGGAGCCAAGCCUUACAGAGGAGGGGGAGUCGGGCGGCUCGGAGGGUGGGGGCACGACGGAGGAGGAGGAGGAGGCCGCGGCCAUGGCGGCAGCAGCCCACGAGCGCGCGGAAGAGGACCUGGCCCUGCUGCAGGAGGAGGAGGCCGCCGACCUGCUGGGCUCCGGCUCAGAGGGCGACGAUGGCGGCGAGGGCGAGGAGGACGACGGCGGCUUCGGGGGCGCCGGCCUGGGCAACCACCACCACGCGGGUGACGAGGAGCUUGUGGGUGACGAGCUGGACGAGUACGACGUGGCAGGGGCAGAGAUCCGCGGAGAGGUGGACGAGGAGGAGGAUGAGGAGGUGGAUGACUUUGACGACGAUGACGAGGCCAGUGAUGACGAGGACGAGGAUGAGGCCGGCCUCGACGACGGGCCGCCCUACGUCCCCACCGGCCCCGCCGCCGGCGGCCUCAACUUCGGCUUUGAUCACAUGGGGAUUGACCCCCUGGACAUGGCUGACGGCCUCGGCGGCGCAGCGGUGGUUCCGCUUGCUUGA